GGGCGAAGCACAGCAACACCGCGGCAGUAUACGUAUUUAUACAUAACACAUGUAGGUCAAUGGAAAAAUGGCUUAGCAGCUCAUAUCGUGGCAAGAAAUAUAUUUUAAUUUAAAUGGCCUUCAGUGAUUUGUGCAAAAUAAGUAAUGCGUACAAAGCCGUCGAAAAUGAACCAGACCAGUCGGAACGCAUUAUGGAGGAGAACUCGAUGGUCCGCGACCUCAUCACAAAGAUCCUGGAUGAAGGGACGGGCCCUACAGAACCGCUCAGCUCGCCAGAUAAACCGCUAAGCACAGGAUUAUCAAACACACCACAAUACCCGAAAACAUCAUCCAGUAACUUCAUACCACCAUCGUCGUCCUACAACACUUACCAAGAUAACUACACCUUCCCGCAGUCAGAACAAAAUGGAUACAACUUCAACAUCCAAAAUGGUUUCGGCACUAACGGCUUCGUCAAUUAUGAGAACGACGUCAGCACUUUACUCGGCAUUGAGCCAAUGGCGGAGCCAACACCGGAGGUUUCGCCUGAACAGCUGAAUUUACUUAGACUAGCAGCACAAGAAAUAGGCGGGGCACAAUUCAAUAAUCCCACACCAAAAUUUGACAACUAUAACUUCUUUGAACCAAGCCAAAGGAACUCACUGCCAGAGACCAACAUGUUUGCUGCUAACAACUUCAACAGACCAAACAGCCUCAAUCUAGACUCGCUAAACUACAAUGCGAAUCUUCUAGACUCAAAUCCGUACACAAAUAACGCUCAAAGAUUCCCAAAUAAGUUCUCCGAAGCUUUUCUAAAGGAGGGACAGAAUACUCAAGACUCAGAUUUGUUGGGUUAUUUAAACCAGUUAAACAUGUCGGAUAGGCCAAGAGAAGAGAACAUGAUGCAAAACAACAUGGCCGACUUUAAAAUGCCAAUGGAAAUGAACGGCCAUUUCAACGAAGAACACUUCAACAAAAUGGCCGCCGACGAAAGAAGCAAAAUGUUCUUCAAUCGCAACUUCAACCAACCGCCUCAGAAGAACUUUAACGGCGAAAACAAUUACUACAUAAACGAAAUGAUGAAAAACAUGGGAAGUCCAGAUAAGAACUACCAGAUUGCUCAAAACUUUGACUUUAACAACCAGUCGGGGCAAAUGCCAAAUAAUUUUAAGCCCAACGGUUUCCAACAACCAAAUGAGUUUAUGCAACGCCGUGAUGUGAACCAAAUGAUGCCAAGAGAGGGGUUUCAAGGGAAUGGGCCUAUGAACGAACAAAGGGGUAACUUUGGUAACAAUGACAACAUGCAACAGGCAGCUAUGAUGAGGCAAAACCAGGAAUUGGCCCGACAAAUGAGUCUUCUUAUGAGGAAUCGACCGCCACCGAAUCAGUUGAAUGUAGAUGUGUCGUUUCUACAUGAGAAUGCACCAUUUAAUAUGGGUCUAGGAGCCUUACUAGGCCCGAGUCCGCCCGGCCCGCCGCCCGUGCUCCCGUCUCCCAUGCUAGACCUGCCGCUACUCGCGCCCUUCUAUGCUAUGAGGAAUAUGAGAACAGCCCAAACCUCCUCAGCCAUCCUCCACCACCACCUAGACACGUGCUACGAACAAUGGCGUCAGUUAGAGCGAGAGCGAAAGCGAACGGAAGCCCGGCUCGCUCUUUCUUACCCGGGCCGGGCGGUGUCGUCGUGUAACUCGAUCCCCGUGCCGCGCCUGCCGCCUUGCCCCACCCGCGUCGACCGGCUCACCGUCGACAUGCUAAGGGAACACACCAAGGUGCUAACGCUAAUGGGCAAGAUGGAGACACUCCGCGCUAGCGUGUGCGUCGCUCAGAACAAGAAGUCUGAGGUGAAGCUGACUGUGCUGAAGAGAGGGCAAGACGACGUGCCUAGUGAUAAGGAGGACACUAAUAAUAUGCAUAUAGCACCUCACAGCGAAAUAGAAAGCGCCAUGCUAGCCUGGCGAAGCGCCGUGGCGGGAGUGCAAGCCGCGAGACGACGCGAGCUGCAAGCUUCCCACCGGUACAACAACUCCGACCCGAUCCUCCAACUAGCGGACGCAGUAAAACAACUGGCCCAGUGCGCGCGCCGAGCCCGCUGCGCCAUGUGGUGCGACCUCACUGUGACCGUGGCUCUAGCACCGCACUCUAAUACUCCUGCUGUAGUGAACGACAAGCCCCAAGCGACCGCUCAGGCGUCUCCGCAGAAGACUCAAGAGGCGAGCAGCCAGCCGGCGACCAAACAGACCAAUAGUGAUACCAAAGAGGAAAAACCGCAAACCGACUCCUCAACAAAGCCCGACGCUAAAACCGAAGCCAACAACAAAACUGCCAACAAACAGCCUGAGAAAACCGAACAAAAGCCUCAACAACGUAGAACUCAGAACUACAGACACAAGGUAAACCAACAACAGGGCCGUAUAGACUUCUACGGGAAGAACCAAAGCUAUGGAGGCACCAGGUUUAUGCAUAACCGACACCCGUACCAUUAUUUGGCUACUGGGCCCAUUAAUUAGACGUUUGUUGACAACAUGCUGAGCGAGUUAGGUUUGGUUUUAAACAUGUUUGUCAAGAUUUAGUGAAGGCUUGAAUUGUUUUGUAAAGAAAUGCUCCUUACUCGACAUGAAAUAAGGGCACAUUUUGUACAAGGAAAUUCAAGUUUUGACUAGUUUUGCAAAUGUCUUUAAAAUCGGUCUUGUUGUGGUAUUAAAUUGUGAAGAAAUUAGGGAUUUGGUUCUCUGUAGGUGUAGGGAACAUUUUGGCAUUAUCCAGUUGUCUUUUGAGCUAGGGGGUAUUUUUGUGGGUUCUUAGGUCGAUAGGCGUAAAAUGAUUGGGAUUGCAUGCAUUCUGAUUGCCUUGAACGAUUUCUGGAUAGCUGGAUACAUUGUUAGGUUGUAAGAUUGAUUGUGAAAGCGGCAUUGUGCCUUUAAGAAUGUUAGGCAAACUCUCAUUUUGCCUUUGCCCAUAAGAAUGUUGGGCAAAGUGGCAUUUGUUGGUCUAAAGGUUCGUCUAGAUAUGACCCCAUAAGUUUUAAUGUGAAGUCAAUUUUUUCAGUGUUGCAAGUUCUGUAGGCUGAAAUCGACGUUUAGCUAAUGCAAUUUUGUAUGUCUUUGAGGGAUGUUUUCAUAUUUAUUUCGAGUUGAUUUUGCGGUUGUAGGUACGGUUAAAUAAUGUGUUUAAAAUAUUGAUGUUGAGUGUUAGAUUUUUAAGCGCAAAGCUAAGGCAUUUUCCUGAUCUUUCUAAUACUUACAGAUUUUGUAUAUUUAACGUGCAGUCUACCUAUAUUCUUGCUAAUUUUAUUUAUACUCCGACUUUGAGGCAACUUAUAUUCUAAUACCGUCGCUUUAAGAUUUAAAAUGGUUUGUUAUUAUUAAAAAUCUACCACUCAAACGUAGGUCUGUUGAAAAUGUUACUGUAAUGGGUCGAUGCAAUCCUACUUCAUAUCAACAAAAUAAUAUAUAGUAAAAAAAUACUUUAAAAUACACUUUUGAAGAAUCGGAGACGUUUGCAUGCAUUUAUAAAAUGUCUUUGCGUACACAAAAAUAAGUAAAAUA